GCGAGGCUGCCGGCGGGCGGAUCGAUGUGGAGCCGCUGAGGCGGCGCGGCCGGCCCCAGCUCCCCGCCGGCACCGCGGCCGGCAGGACAAGCCGGAGAGGCCAGGGAGAAGGACGCUGUGAGGGCUGCUGAAGAUGUCCGAUAGUCUGGAUAUUGAAGAGAAACCUCCAGCUCCGCCGUUGAGAAUGAACAGCAACAAUCGUGAUUCUUCAGCACUAAACCACAGCUCAAAGCCGCUUCCUAUGGCCCCUGAGGAGAAGAACAAGAAAGCCAGGCUGCGCUCCAUCUUCCCAGGAGGAGGGGAUAAAACCAACAAGAAGAAAGAGAAGGAACGUCCUGAGAUCUCUCUGCCUUCAGACUUUGAACACACCAUUCAUGUGGGAUUUGAUGCCGUCACUGGAGAAUUCACAGGCAUUCCAGAGCAGUGGGCCAGGCUACUACAGACCUCCAACAUAACAAAACUGGAGCAGAAGAAGAACCCACAGGCUGUUCUAGACGUUCUCAAGUUUUAUGAUUCGAAAGAAACAGUUAACAACCAGAAAUACAUGAGCUUUACGUCAGGAGAUAAAAGCGCCCAUGGAUACAUAGAAGCCCAUCCAUCGAGCACAAAAACAGCAUCAGAACCUCCUCUGGCUCCCUCUGUGUCUGAAGAAGAGGAUGAAGAUGAUGAAGAGGAGGAAGAUGACAAUGAACCUCCGCCUGUUAUCGCCCCGCGGCCUGAACACACGAAAUCAAUCUACACACGCUCUGUUAUUGAACCUGCCGCUGCACCAGCACCAGCUAAAGAAGCCACCACUCCCCAACCUGAAAACUCCAACACAAACACUCUGUACAGAAACACAGACCGGCAGCGAAAAAAAUCCAAGAUGACAGAUGAGGAGAUCCUAGAGAAACUGAGGAGCAUUGUGAGCGUGGGAGAUCCUAAGAAGAAAUACACUCGAUUUGAAAAAAUUGGCCAAGGGGCUUCAGGAACUGUUUAUACAGCGAUCGACAUUGCCACAGGACAAGAGGUGGCCAUAAAGCAAAUGAAUCUCCAACAGCAGCCCAAAAAGGAACUAAUUAUCAAUGAAAUCCUGGUCAUGAGGGAAAAUAAGAAUCCCAAUAUUGUUAACUAUUUAGACAGCUACCUUGUUGGCGAUGAGCUGUGGGUGGUGAUGGAAUACUUGGCUGGAGGCUCUCUGACCGACGUUGUCACCGAGACGUGUAUGGAUGAGGGACAGAUAGCUGCUGUCUGUCGGGAGUGCCUGCAAGCCCUGGAUUUCCUUCAUUCCAACCAAGUGAUCCACAGAGACAUCAAAAGCGACAAUAUUCUCCUUGGGAUGGACGGAUCUGUCAAAUUGACUGAUUUUGGCUUCUGUGCUCAGAUCACCCCUGAGCAGAGUAAACGGAGCACAAUGGUGGGGACUCCUUACUGGAUGGCACCAGAGGUUGUAACAAGAAAAGCAUAUGGCCCCAAAGUGGACAUCUGGUCACUCGGGAUCAUGGCAAUAGAAAUGGUGGAAGGAGAACCUCCUUACCUUAAUGAAAAUCCUCUCAGGGCACUGUAUCUGAUAGCGACAAACGGGACGCCGGAGCUGCAGAACCCAGAGCGACUCUCGGCCGUGUUCCGAGACUUUCUCAACUGCUGCCUGGAGAUGGAUGUGGACAGGAGAGGGUCUGCCAAGGAACUUCUGCAGCAUCCAUUUUUAAAAUUAGCCAAGCCUCUCUCGAGCCUGACUCCUCUGAUCAUUGCAGCGAAGGAAGCAAUUAAGAACAGCAGCCGCUAGCACUGCAGGUCGGCUUUCUGCCCUGCCAGCUCGGAGCAGGACUGAGAACACAAACUCUGUAAAACCUCAACUCUCAUGCUGCGGGACAGAUGGAUGGAUGAACAAACCAACGGUCACAGUCAUGGUGGUGGGACCACCCCAGUUCCUCAAGGAGUAAAAAAAUUAUCAUUUGUCUUCUUCCUGCUUUCUGGCUCCUUAAUUUAUUUUUAAGAUGAAUCGGGGCUAAGGACAGAGAGGUAAUGACAGAAAAUGCUUUGCUGCCUCAAUCAUUUCCAAGGUAAAGCAAAUUCAGUUGGAAGAUUCCCUUCCUUCUCACCCUGUGAAUAAGCUGUACAUUCACUUUUAAAUUGUCGGUUCUUUCUUAACGAUGUAAAGUCGUGUUUAUGGGGUUUUUGGUAUGGUUUGGAAUAGGAGAAGGGCAAUUCUUCAUUCAUUAACUCCAGACUGCCUUUUGAACACGGCCCACUUGCCGGUUUUUGCCCAGCUGCGGUACUUCUACACGAGGAAGAAAGUGCAAUUGCAUUUCCAACCAAAAAGGAAUGAAGAGUGGGACAGACGAGACAUCCUGUGGAGAUCCAGGCGUUCAGCUGGGACUGUGCAGUGGCUCUGUUCUUGCCAACUGGAUUUGUACCCCGAGCUGCAAUCUCUUUGCCCGGGUGCGAGUUCUACUCAGCUGGAGCAGCAGAAAGAUCAGUCGCUGUGCUCGGGACAGGUCUGUCUGGUGCAAAGGUGUCAGGGCAGUGUGAGGGGAGAGUGUGCUCAGCCGUGCCUGGGGCUGAGCCCAGCAGAGCCCAGAGCAUCCUGAGCAUCAGCAGAGCCAGGCUGGCAGGAGGUGCUGGUAAUGACAAGUGGCAGCAGCCUGGCCGUGGGUACCUGUUCUGGGACAGGACUGAUUCUCCCGUCUCAGAGCCAAACUGGGGGAGGACUGGUCUCCAGGGAAGUCGUGGCCCUGCUGAGAAAUGCACAGCCUGGUGGGAUUGGCCAUCCCGAGCCUCUGCAGGAGUAGAGAAGGACAAACGGAGCAGUGGUGUCGCUUCUGAGGGUACCUGUUCUUCUCCCAGCUGUCUUGUAGGUCCUGGGAAAGGCCCGUAGUGUCUGGAAUUCUCGGCAGAGGGGGGCAGGAGCAGGCUGCUCUGCAGGCCCUGCCCAGGUGAGCAUCCUCUAGGCACUGGAGUUCUGCCCUGGGAGCCAAGGCUGACCCAGGGAACAGCCUGCAGGUUCAGAUCAGCCAGUGCAGCAGCCAGCUCUGGAAGAAAGCGCCUUAAAACAUGGAGUUGUGCACUGAGCAGGAACAAAAGUGUGCAAGAAAUGCAGAGUGGAUUGCAGAAUUACUUGGAGGCACCAGUCCAGCCUGCUUUCUGCUGUCCCACCUAUGGCAGGCACUGCGCAGUGAAACUCUUGAGUUGCUGCAAGAGAGAGCUGGGGAUGUGCCUGAGGAUUGUGCUUGACAAGUCAGCGGAUUUGGAAGGGAGCAGAAUACUUUCAGUAUGCAAUUUGUGUUUUAUUUAUUUGUUUCUGAAAGACCCAGCGUGGCUUCACUCAGUAAAAGCAUUUGCAUGGCGUAUUUGUUGCUGUAUUUUAGGAGUACAACUCGUGCAAGACCCUCAAAACAGCAACUGAAGCAACAUACACCCAGUGAGCAAAAAAUCCCUCACAGUAGAACUGCUUCCUUCUAUAGAUCUUCAUGUUGGCCUGGUCCUGCAGAGGGUUAAGUAGCCUUUAAGGCACUCACUGCCUUCAUGUCUGGCCAGCAGUAAUGAAGGAUGCUUGGGCUGUUGUCGAAUCGGGCCAGGAGCAUGUCUGGCUUUGGGGCAUCCUGUUCAGCUGCAGUCUGUGUGUGGCAAGUGUCCUCACUGCUGCCAUUGCAGUGCCACUGGCAGGGGCAACCCUCCUUGAGUUACCACAGCUAAAUACAAAUUAACUUUGUUUCAUUCCUGGGGAGCACAGCGCGUCUGAUUUUUCAGAUGACCAAAUAACACGGUGAGGUGAGCAGCUCUGGUUUCCUGAACUGGGGAACGUCGGGAGGAGCUGAGGGAGCUGCCAGGAGCCCACAGCUGGAGAGACAGUGGUUGACAGGACCUGCAGCAGUGGCUGCCAAGCUUUCCCCCCAUCAAAGAAGCUCCUGGGGAGUGGGAGUGGCCAGGACAGCAGUAGCACAGCAGAGGGGUGUGCAGCAAGGUGCUGAAGCCCUGCCAGCUGGACCAGGGAGCAGUGAUGUCCACCCGAUAGAAAGCCUUGGCUUCUCUAAGCUCUGCACCCACCACAACCCAUGCAGCAGCCCAGACAGAGCUCAGGUGGGAUGCUCCAAGGCCAGUCCUGGCGGCAGCAGCGUGGGUACAGCUGUGGGACGUGUGCCCAGGGAGAGGAACUGCUCUGCUCUGGGCCAGAGCUGCAGCAGGAGGUGAACGGGGCGGGAAUAUCCAGGCUCACUGAGCCCUUUCCAUCGUUUACCAGCAGUCCUGGCUGAGGGGGAGAUCCCAGGUGACUGGACUAUGGCAAAUGUGACACUGAUCUACAUGAAGACCUGGAAGGAGGAUUUUGGGAACUACAGGUCUGUCACCCUGACCUACCUCGGUGCUGGGAGAAGUCAUGGAUCAUCUGGAGAUCAUCUGGAGUGCCAUCACAGGGCACGUACAGAACAACCACGGGAUCAGGCCCAGCUACUGUGGGUUUGUGAUAGGCAGGUGCUGCCUGAGCAGCCUCAUCUCCUUUUACAACCGCAACUCCUGCCUAGGGCAUGAGGGGAAAAGCUGUAGAUGUCUUUACCUGGAGUUUAGCAAAGCCUGUGUCAGUGUUUCCCACAGCUUUCUCCUGGAGAAACGCCUGCUCCUGGCUUGGAUGAGUACACUGUUCUCUGGGUCAAAACAAACCUGUGUGGAUGGCUGGGCCCAGAGUUAGCAGGGAAUGGAGUCACAUCCAGCUGGGGCUGUCACCAGUGGUGCUCCAGGGCUGGGUGCUGGGGCAGUUGUGUUCAGUAUCUGUAUCUGAUCUGGGUGAAGGGAUCGAGGGCACCUCAGGUACCGCCAGGCUGGCUUGGAGUGUUGAUCUGCUGGAGGGCAGGAAGGCUCUGCAGGGGGAUCUGGACUGGCUGGAUUGCUGCUCCAAGGCCAGUUGGAUGAGGUUCUACAAGGCAAAGUGUCAGGUCCUGCACUUGGGUCACAACAACCCCCUGCAGCUCCAGGCUUGGGAUAGAGUGGCUGGAAAAUGCCUGGUGAGAAAAGACCUGGGAAUGCUGCUUGAGAUCAGCUGGACAUGAGCCAGCAGUACACAACUACCUGAGAAGAGGCUGGAGCAGUGGGGGAUCAGUCUCUUCUCCCAAAUAACAAGCAACAGGACGAGAAGAAAUGGCUGCAAAUUGUGCCAGGGAAGGUUUAGUUUGGUUAUAGGAAAAAUCACCAAAGGAUGGUCAAGCAUUGGAAGAGGUUGUGCAGGGCAGUGGCUGAGAACCACCUCUGCAGGGAUUUAACAGAUUUGGGGCACUUGGGGACAGGUUUGGUGGUGGACUUGGCAGUGCUGGAUUGAUGGCUGGACUCAGUGAGCUCAGAAGUCUUUUCCAAUCUGAACAAUUCUGUUCUGUUUAGAAGACUUUGUUUCUUUUGUGAGGUCCCAUUUUUGUCCGUCAGCUCAAGAUCUGUGUCUGUAGGAGAAGCUUCCUUGAGAAGGAGUAAUUUGGGCUGGAGAUGGGCUGCCCUCAAUGUGUAAAGCAUUCAUCAGGAUGAAUUUGUUUGUAUUCCUGUAAGAAGUGAAGAAAUGAGUGACAGUUUCUGUUUCCAGUAUAUCUUUUUUUUUUUCCUAUCCACAAAAGAACAGAUAGCCAUCCUUUAAAAGGAAAGCACUUUGUAAUGGCACAUGUUUGCUGGACAUACAGUCUAAAUACUUCUGUUGACAAACUACUCUGUUUGAUUGGGCAAGGGGGGAAUUUCCUAUUUAUUUCCUUUACCUGUAUUUCAGCAUCUCUGAUAAAAAUCCUUUCCAGAAGAUAGCAGGUAUGAAAAAUAAGGAAAUCAAAUGGUAGCUUUCUUUUUUUCUAAUCCGUGUAUGCCUCAGCAUACAGAAUAUUGUUGGCAUUGACUUUUUAAAGACAGCCGCUGUCCCAAGAGGCCUUACUUUUUAUGUUAUUAAAUAUCAUAUUCCUUUUUUCUUUGCAUCAGCAACUCCAGAGAUUUUUCUUUUCAAACCAGUUCCUGGGAGGGGAGGCAGACAAGAUGCAGCAGAAAUAACCUCUGGCAGUGGCUGUUUUCUAGCCCAGCUGAGAGUGUGUGACAUGCAGGGAAUAUUACCUCCAGUAUCCCUGUGGCUCCAUGCUUGGACCAGUCGCUGGUGCUGAUUCACACUCACUGAUAGUGAAAGAUGGCAGCUGUGUUUGUGUCCUCCCUGCCUGGAUAUUAAAUGUAGAAAAGACACAAGUAUUUUUAACAAACCUAACAAUCCAGUCCUGAGGGAGUCCAGUCUUGUACAUUAUUUACAGGCUCACAGAGUUUAAUAGGAUUGACAUUGGCCUUGCAGAAAGGAAAGAGACAAAUACUGUAAAAUCUCGGGAGCCACCUUGGGUAUUCUGACUGCUGUCCUCAGAUCACACAGUUAGUUUUGUAUCUUUUUGAAGUAUUAGAAAUAGUCCGUUUCUGUUGCAAAAUGAAAACUAAAAGUUUCAGACACUUUUAUUCCAAGGUUUUAAAACAUUGGUUAAUUGCCUUCAUUUUUAAAUUAAACUGAAAUACCUUCUCCAGGAACUUGACCGUGAUUCCCAUCCCUGCAAUGAAGAUGUGAAAAUGAGCUCACUGUGGUUUAAAUGUGUUUUGGGACAGAAGCAUGGUAGCAGUAAAGUCAGGGAAGUUUGAGAAGCACAGAAAAGUUUAUUUAUUUAAGAAAAAAAGAAAAAAAAGAUAACCAUACCUAUGUAAAAUUCCAUAGAGCUCCUGUGUGUGCACUCCUGGGAACCUGCACGGGGGUGGGUCUUACAGUGCUCUCAGGGCUGGAUCCCAAACUUGGGCCGGGGUUCCAUUCUCACUUCUUGUGUCCAGUGCUUUUGUAAAUAUAUGUGUAUUUAUUCUUCAUCUUUGGCUACUGGUUGGCUGCUUCAUCUUUGGCUGCUGAACAGUUUGGUGUACUGUUCCAGUGCACACAGACGAACUCAAAAAGGUUUGUGCUGAGUUUCUUUGAGGCCAGUGGCUGCACUUGGGCACAUCUUUGUGUCGGUCCUUCCCUAUGUCCUGCCACCAAAAAUUAAGCACAUUCCAGUCACCAUGAGAAGGGAAGUACCUGUCUCCUGUCCUCUAGUUGUAGGAACUGUUGCUGUACUCUGUUGUCCAUACAGCAGUAAUUUCCAGUAUAUAAUCCUUGCUGUGGCUGCUGACUAUUCCUCACACUGAGCAUGUAAAUAUUUGUAUUCCUUAGUCCAGUCCUGAGCAAAUCCAGUGAGCGAACAGCCAGAGAGAGCCCUGUGACAUCUCCCAUUAAAGGCAGGAGCCAGUGUUUCUUUGCUUGACACCCAGGACAUGCACUCCAGUGCCAGCUUUGCCUUCUGAGUGCUACCAAGUCCUUGCUCCAUACACCUUCCUGGUGUUCCUGUCUCCUCUUGGAGCCUUCAUUCAUGCCCACGUGUGCAGCAACUUAAUGAUGGGUUGAUUAAGACCUGUAAGUGUUUAUCUCCUUUUUUUUCCUCUCCUCUUCCCAUACCAGAUAAAUAUCUCCGAUUUUAUCCCAGAUUUUCAGGAAGCAGACAAAGGGUAACCUUUGUCUUUCAAGAGAAACCAUCCAAACUUUUUUUUUGAGUGUGAUUGGCACUUCACAGAUCUUUAAAACUUCUCUUUGCUUGUGUCUGUCCUUGAGCUGACAGGGUGAUUUUAUUUUUCUCACUGAGACUUGCAGAAUCUCACUUACCCAUCUCUCUUUGGAUGCAGUUUAGAGCCGAUUGCCAUAAUCCUAGGUGUGCAUCGUGCCUGCAAACCAUCACUGGCUUGAGCCUACCAGCAGCUGCAUGUACCUUUGGUUACAAGAGUUAUCUCAAAAGAAAAAAUGGUCUUAGAGUAGAGGAGAGAUGCCCAUAUGCUCUGCAGGGGUGCACAAGCCUGCAGACCUGGAACAAGACCUUGUUCUUGCUGCUCAGCAGUUCCCCCAGGCAAACACUGGAGUUCUGCAAGAAUCUGACCUUGACUGAGGAAACUGGGGCCAAUACCAUUAGUUAAAGCUGAUAAUAUUGAAAAGUGCUAAUUAAUUUAAUAGCCUGUGCUCACAGUGGCUUUGCCCCGCACAGUUUUCAAGCAGACCACACAAUCAGCUUCAGCUCCUGUGUGUGAGGUACCUUGUGCUCUGUUUGGUGGCACCGUGUUUGCAGCUGCUGGAGGCUUGUGAGCAGCACCUGCCUUGCCCAGCUUGGGUGCAGAGCCAGAAGGAGCGUGGCUGGGCACCAUGGCCUGGGCUGGCAGCUGUGAAUGCAGGUCAGAAGAGCCGUCAGACACACGUGCACGCACCUUUGAAUCACAGCUCCCUGUUGUUAACAGCUUUAUGGAUGACAGCCACUAGAACAGGUUCUGACCCUGGUAUCCAGAGGUCUUUUCCAACAUAAAGUAUUCUACAGUGAGUCUAUCUGCUGGAUUCAGCCAGGUGCGUGUUAGCUGCUUUAGUUUGAUCAAAAAGGUCCCUGUUGGUCAGCUCUUGUGGCCUAAGGCUUCAGCUUCUUUAGCUCCUCGUGCUGAGAUGCUCAUUUUGAACAAGACAACUUGGAGAGAAGAAUUACAUUUCAUCCAGUUUCUUCUGGGACACUGGGAGGGGAGGGUGUGAAAACAUGAGUAUUGUUUACGUGUGAGCUCCUCUCUGCCCUUCACGCCUCUCAGGGGUUUGAAACAGGAGUGAGUUUUCCUAAAGGGUGAAAUGCAGUGUGUUACUUCUCCCAGGUCUGGCUCUUCCCAGUCUCUGACCUUGCCUGGUUUUGUCCCUCUUGCUGUGUGCUCUCUGUGCCCCCUGUGCUCAGUGGCUGCUGCCCAGGACUGUGGAACUGGCACAGAUCCAGUGGUGGAUACCCUCCCUUUUCUGCCCUUGGAGCUGCCUGCUCACUGCAGCCUUUUCCAUCUGGAAACUCGAUCUAGGGAGGGAAUGCCCACCUCUGUUCCUUGCAAAACCUCCAGGAGCCUGGGGCUGCCACCUAAAUUCAGUGCAUUGAGGGCUCCCAGAUGCCUCAGGCUGGUGUGACACCGCUGCAAGUGGGAGGGAACAGUGGCAGGAGGUUUUUUUGAAAGGUCCGUUUGCUGUUGCACACUGUGUGUGUCCAGCCCUGCCCCAGGCUUAGGGAUCAAGUCCAGGCGCUGCUGCUGCUCCCUCUGGAGUCAGUGAGAAUUUGGUUGUUGCUUUCAGUGACAGCUGAACCGGUCGCUGCAGCAGCAGGUGCUGACAGUGCCCCAAGCCCCGGGGCUGCCAGGGUGGGAGGGAGCUGCCCCUUGUUCUCACUCUGCCUCACACAAAACUGCUGUCACGAGUGGGGCAGCACAGCAAACGGGCAGCCUGUGAGUCUCUCCCAACCUUGUCUCUUGAGAUUUUUGACCUUUGAGCUUGGGCUGUACAAAGGCAACUGCUUUUGGUCCCUCCGUGUUAACCAAUGCUGCUAAAUCCAUCUGUAGCACAGCAAGGGGAAAAGCCUCAGCCCUGCAGGGCCGGGAGCUGCCAGAGGGGAGGGAGCUGAUCCACACGGGAACCAGCAGCAGGGGACUGGAGCACCUCCUUGGGCAGAGCCCAAAUUCUGCGAGGGAAUAACAGAGUUAUUCUCGUGCACUGUUGUGUCAGCACUGCAGGUGCUGUGCCUGCAAACACGUAGUUGGAGAUGUGCAAAAGAAUUCUGCAACUCUUGACUGGAUCAGGAUGUCACCAGUGCUGAACUCCAGUUUAGUCCAAAGCAACCAGUUUACACCUAUGCUGGUGUGUGCUAGAUUUUUUUCUUCAGGGUAUCCAGACAAAAGUAAACAGAGGAGGAGCCUACAUUUUCAUUGUUUAUCAGAAAUGUAUCUCAUUUUGCUGUACAUUCCUUUUUUAGGAUGUGUUAUCUGUUUAAAAAAAAAAAAAAAGAAAAAAGAAGAGAAAAAACAGAAAAAAUACGAAAGAGAAAAACAACAAAAAAACAAAUGUGUAGUGAAAAAUCUUCUGUAACUUUGGAUUAAGAGGUAACUGAUCUUUUUAAAAAGAGAACUAAGUUAUUUACUUUGUAAAUGUGCUGAUGGCAUGGAUCCAUCUUAUUGACCUCAGCAUCCUUUUUUUAAAGAUUUUGGGUUUUGUUUCCAAUAUUAAGUUAUUUUAAAUUGUGGUUGAAGCAAUAGGAAAUUGAAAUAUGGAUUGUGCAUGACUGUGUCUUGAGUGUAAAAAUAUUGCAGUUUGAAACUUGGACCUAAAGUAUUGCAAAUAAAAGUUAUAAAUUCCAA